AUGAAGACUCGGGCCUACCAGCAGUCCUGUCUUCUGAAAGGUAAAAGGAAAUGGCUUCUGCGGGCCCUCAGCGGCUUCCUCUUCCUGUUCUCAGCGGCCAUGACUGGCUGUUUCCUGUGGCAGUACCACCUCCCCAAGCUGCCGACUGGUUCCUUGAAGCCGGAGGUGACCCCAGCCCCAGGGAGGAUGUGUCCCCGACACCCUGAGCUCGUGCCUCUGGCUCACCCUCUGCCGGUGUUAAAGGAGGCCUUGGAGAAGGUGGACAGGAUUCUGCGCAAGGCAGUGUUGGCCCCAGGCCUGGCUGCCAUGUCUGCUCUUGUCAUCCACAAUGACACCGUGCUCUGGACUGGGAACUUCGGAAGGAGGAACGGCUCAGAUCCAAAUUCUGGAACCCCUAAUGAGUACACCAUGUACCGGAUUGCCAGCAUCUCCAAGAUCUUCCCCGUGCUUAUGCUGUACCGCCUGUGGGAGGAGGGCACCGUGGCCUCCCUGGAUGACCCACUGGAGCGCUAUGCCAGCACCUUCUCCAUCAACAACCCGCUGGGCACAGCCCACGGCCCUGAACCACAGGGCCCAGUCGGGGAGUUUGAAGCAAUGGGCUCCCUCCCGAGGCCUUCUCCUGUCACUCUCCGGAGGAUGGCCAGUCAGUUGUCAGGACUUCCCAGAAGGCUGCGGGGCACUUCGCUGCUGUGGAGGGGCAGCACCCAGGAGGCUCUGAGCCUGCUCAAGGAUGAUGUCUUGGUGGCUGACCCAGGAACCAGAUGCCACUACAGCACGCUGGCCUUCUCUCUCCUGGCCCAUGUGCUGGCUGCGCAUAGGGCGCAGGGGGACUACGAGCGCUGGGUGUCAGAGCAGGUGCUGGAACCUCUGGGGAUGAGUGACACUGGCUUUGCACUGACAGGAGCAGUUCGCGCUCGCCUGGCGGCUGGCUUCUAUGGCAGCGGCAGGCCCGCUCCGCUCUACGAUCUGGGCUGGUACAGGCCAUCUGGCCAGAUGUACUCCACGGCUGCAGACUUGGCCAGGCUGGUAGCUGCGCUUCUGGGCGCAGGACCUCGACGGCUGCUACGGCCCGACAGCCUGACCACAUUGCUAGCGCCACUGCGUGCCUGCGCUCACGGCUACUUCGCUGGUGAAACCGGAACACCCUGGGAGUUCCACGAAAAUCGCGGAUACCGCGUGGCGCGCAAGGACGGCGACCUGGACGGCUAUGCCGCCAGCCUGGCGCUCGUGCCACCGCUGCGCUUGGGGUUUGUGCUGUUGCUGGCGGGGCCGCGCCCGCCCACGCAGGACCUGGUGGCUGACGCUCUGGACGUGCUGCUGCCCGCUCUGGAGCACGCGCUUCGCGAUGCUGAGCUUGCGCCCGCGCCCCCGCCCCGCGCGCGCCCGUUCACGGGUUUCUUCACCUUCGCUAACCGCACCUACUACGAAGUGCACGCCGAGGGGCCACACGGUGAGCUGUGCUUGCGCCAGUUUGGCCCACGCGUGGAGGCACUCGUGCCCGCCGCCUUCCGAUCGCUCACCCUGCGCCACGUGCGCGGCCUUGUCUUCCAGUUGCACGUGGCUCGUGAGUUCCCGUGCACGCUGCCACUCGCAGACGAUUGGCUGUCUCUGGAGGCACAGCACGGGCAGCUGGUGCGUUUCUACCCGCUAGACCACCAUGGGCUGGCGCCGGGCUUCGAUGUGCCGGGCCUCAACACCUAUGGAGUGCUGCGCUUGCCACGCAGGCCUGUGUUUGGCUCCCAGUGA